AUGAAGUGCGCAGGUUGUCUGAAAGUUACUAAGAAUGCAAGUGUCAUUACAUGUACAUCGCCAAAAUGCGAAAAAACAUAUUGCUCGUACUGUAUUAAUUUAACAUCAGUUACAGUGGAGGGUAAAAAGUGCUGGAAGUGCCCCGAGUGUAGUGCUUCCAAGAAAAAAGGCGGCGAUAACACCCAAACGCCAAUACGCUCCAACCCGGAUUCGCAAAACGUUACGAUGCGCAAAAAGGAUGUCUCUGACUGUCAGACUCCUGAGACAGAAAUAAGAGAAUUAACAGCGGUAAUCGCUCGCUUAACUAGUGAAUUUUCGACACUAAAAACAAAGUUGGAUGAAGUGACGCACUCUCUAUGCCAUUGUCAUGAAAGGAUGGACGAGUUAGUGCGGGGCAUGUCAGCCAAUGAAAAUCGCUUGACAAAACUAGAAAAACGCGAUCAGGAAAUUAUAAACUUGCACGCAUCUGUGGCCCAUCUACAGAAUGAGCUCAAUAUACAAGCACAACAGUGGCUCCGCAACGAGAUAGAGAUCGUCGGUAUACCAGAAGGUAAUAAUGAAAAUCUAGAACAUAUUGUUAAGGUGGCCGCUCAAAAAGUUGGAGCACAGUUGGAAGACGUUGACGUGGACUGGAUUACCCGCGUUGGACCUCGGCGCCUGGCUGUACCACCUAAUGUUCCGGAUGGUGGCAGUAGAAUGCCCUGA